GCCCAGGUCCUCACGGCGUGGCUUGCCGCCGCUCUCUAGUCCUCAUCUGCCCUCCUCUACUACUGAUUCUUCCCAUAAUCUCUGACUCCAGCUAGAUCGCUGGCCUCCUUACCCCGUCCGGUUCCUUGUGACUCCAGACUGGCCGGCUGCCUACCCUCCAGACUGUCCGCUAUGGCUCCAAGGCUGUUACCCGCCACCGUCGUGUGAUGCACUUUCAGCGGCAGAAACUGAUGGCUGUGACUGAAUAUAUCCCCCCGAAACCAGCCAUCCACCCAUCAUGCCUGCCAUCUCCUCCCAGGCCCCCACAGGAGGAGACAGGCCUCAUCAGGCUUCUCCGCCGGGAGAUAGCAGCAGUUUUCCAGGACAACCGAAUGAUAGCCGUUUGCCAGAACGUGGCUCUAAGCGCAGAGGACAAGCUUCUUAUGCGACACCAGCUGCGGAAACACAAGAUCCUGAUGAAGGUCUUCCCCAACCAGGUCCUGAAGCCCUUCCUGGAGGAUUCCAAGUACCAAAAUCUGCUGCCCCUUUUUGUGGGGCACAACAUGCUGCUGGUCAGUGAAGAGCCCAAGGUCAAGGAGAUGGUACGGAUCUUAAGGACUGUGCCAUUCCUGCCGCUGCUAGGUGGCUGCAUUGAUGACACCAUCCUCAGCAGGCAGGGCUUUAUCAACUACUCCAAGCUCCCCAGCCUGCCCCUGGUGCAGGGGGAGCUUGUAGGAGGCCUCACCCGCCUCACAGCCCAGACCCACUCCCUGCUCCAGCACCAGCCCCUCCAGCUGACCACCCUGUUGGACCAGUACAUCAGAGAGCAACGCGAGAGGGAUUCUGUCAUGUCGGCCAAUGGGAAGCCAGAUCCUGACCCUGUUCCGGACUCGUAGCCAGCCUGUUUAGCCAGCCCUGCGCAUAAAUACACUGCCCUAUUGGCUGUGCUCUCCUCCAUGGGAGAUGUGGAAGAACUUGCGGUCGGGGAGUGUGUUUGUCACUUGGUUUUCACUAAUAAUGAUAUUGUCAGGUAUCGGGCCACUCGGAGAUGCAGAGGAUUCCAUUUCAGAUGUCAGUCACCGGCUUCGUCCUUAGUUUUCCCAGCUUGGGACCUGAUAGGAGCAAAGUCUCUCUCCAUUCUCCAGGUCCAAGGCAGAGAUCCUGAAAAGAUAAGGCUAUUAUCCCCUGCCUCCUUGGUCACUGCCUCUUGCUGCACGGGGCUCCUGAGCCCACCCCCUUGGGGCACAACCUGUCACUGCCACAGUAGCUCAACCAAGCAGUUGUGCUGAGAAUGGCACCUGGUGAGAGGCUGCUGUGUGCCAGGCUUUGUGCUGAGUGCUGUACAUGUAUUAGUUCCUUCACUCCUGAGCACCUUGUACCCAUUUCACAGAGAAGGAGCAGAGAAAUUAAGUGGCUUGCUCAAGGUCAUGCAGUUAGUAAGUGGCAGAACAGGGACUUGAACCAAACCCUCUGCUCUGAAGACCGCGUCCCGAAUUUCUACACUAGAGCUUCCUCAUCAGGUUACCCAGAAGUGGGUCCCAUCCACCAUCCAGAUGUGCUUGGAUGUUAGUUCUCCACCCUCGAGGUGUACGCUGUGGAAAGUUUGGGAACACUGCUUUAUAAUAAAAUGAAAUACAUUCUACUUUA